AUGGCGGCGGCGGCGGGGGGCACGGCGCUGUGGCGGAGGCUCUCGGCCUGGCUGCCUCGGGGCCGCCUCGGGCUGGCCGCGCUGCUUGGCCGCCUUUCCGACCGCCUGUCCCGUGGCCGCGACCGCCGCGCCCGCAGAUCAUCAUGGCUGCUCCUAGCCCCAUUGCUCACACCUCCUGUCCCUGUGAUCACAGCCCCACCUUGUUCGCUCUGUCCAGAAGGAGCACACAGGUUCCAGUGGAUCAGGAACCUGGUGCCAGAGUUUGGGAUCUCCAGCUCGCACGUCAAGGUGCUUUCAUGCCCAGCUGAAUUCUAUGAACUCUUGAAGGUGCAGAUAAAGACAGCCAAGCAGCGAGUGGUGAUGGCUUCACUGUACCUGGGAACGGGGCUCCUCGAACAGGAGCUGGUGGAUUGCUUGGAAGAAACACUAGAGAAAUCCCUGCAAGCCAAAGAAUCCUCUAACCUCAGAGUUUCCAUUCUCCUUGACUACACCAGGGGAUCUCGGGGCAGGAAGAAUUCUCGAACGAUGCUGAUCCCUUUGCUGCAGCGAUUUCCCGAGCAAGUCCGCGUGUCCCUCUUCCACACUCCAAACUUGCGUGGGCUUCUCAGGCUCCUCAUUCCAGAACGUUUUAAUGAGACCAUUGGACUGCAGCACAUCAAGGUCUAUCUCUUUGAUGAUAAUGUCAUCCUCAGUGGUGCAAACCUGAGUGAUUUGUACUUCACCAAUCGUCAGGAUCGCUAUGUUCUCCUGCAGGACUCUCCUGAGAUUGCAGACUUCUUCACAGAGCUAGUGGAUGCGAUUGGAGAUGUGUCUCUGCAACUACAGCGAGAUGAUACAGUCCAGAUGAUGGAGGGGAUGGAACACCCAUACCAAGGAGACAAGACGACUUACUGUGAGAUAGCAAAUCGAAGGGUCAUGGAGGUGAUCAACUCUGCCAGGACACGACAAGAGCUCCUUCACGCAAAGACUUUCCACAGCAGCCAGCAAGGCAGCUCCUUGAUAUCCCAACAAGGCUCUCAAGCAUCAGGGGGUCUGAAACCAGAACCCGACACCUGGAUCUAUCCCUUAAUCCAGAUGAAACCUUUUGGGAUUCAAAUAGAUGAGAUGGUCACAGAGACACUGCUGACAGAGGCUGAGCGGGACGCCAGGAUAUACCUCACCACCGGCUACUUCAACCUGACUCAAGCGUACAUGGACCUCAUUCUGGGCACCAGGGCCGAGUAUCGCAUCCUGCUGGCCUCACCGGAGGUGAACGGCUUCUUUGGUGCCAAAGGGGUGGCAGGUGCCAUCCCUGCUGCCUACGUUUACAUCGAGCGCCAGUUUUACAGUGAGGUCUGCUACCUCCACCAGCAGGAGAGGGUCCAGCUGCAGGAGUACUCCAGGGCUGGGUGGACCUUCCAUGCCAAAGGCCUCUGGCUGUACCUGGCAGGCAGUGACCUUCCCUGCCUCACCCUCAUUGGCUCCCCAAAUUUCGGCUAUCGAUCAGUUCAUCGGGACUUGGAGGCCCAGGUUGCGAUAGUGACUGAAAAUCAAGCUCUGCAGCGGGAGCUGCACCGGGAGCAGGAGCAGCUUUACCUCUGCUCAGGUGUGGUCUCACCAUCAACAUUCGAGCAGCCAAACCGAUACGUGAAGCUGUGGGUGAAGCUGGUAACGCCUCUGAUCAAGAAUUUCUUUUGAAAGAAGAAAAGCUGCUGCUUUGGGUUGAAGGUCCAGACGUAGGUGGGCCCUCGCAUCCGUGUCUUGUAGACAGGACAUUCAUAGACGUUCUUGGUGUCCAGCCUGUCAGCAGGGAUGGCUCUGAUGAAGAUCACUGGCA